CUUAGGCCAGCGAGGCGUCUUGGGGGGCGGGGGACGCCCCAUCGAGGGCGGGUCUCGCGCGCCUAUUGGUUGUCUUGCCGGCACAGCGGGCGCUGAUUGGGCAACUUGGAAGGAGCCGGCACCCGACUGUGUGCCGAGGCCAUGGCGGCGCCGGACUUGCGGGCCAAGCUGGACUCGCUGCUCCUGCAGCUGCUCGGGGACCUGGAAGAACUGGAGGCGAAGCGGGCGGCGCUGAACGCCCGGGUGGAGGAGGGCUGGCUCUCGCUCUCCAAAGCUCGCUACAACAUGGGUGCCAAGUCGGUAGGGCCCCUGCAGUAUGCCUCCCGCAUGGAGCCCCAGGUCCGCGUCGGCACCAGCGAGGCCCAGGACGGACUCCAGAAGUUCUGGUUGGUGAGAGCCGGCACCCAGACUCCAGAGGAGGUGGGGCCCCGCGAGGCAGCUCUUCGCAGGCGCAAGGGCCUCACCAGGACCCCAGAGCCAGACCCCUCGCCAGCUCCCCAGGACCCUCUGAACUGGUUUGGAAUCCUGGUUCCUCACAGUCUGCGGCAGGCCCAAGCCAGCUUCCGGGAGGGUCUGCAGCUGGCUGCCGACAUGGCCAGCCUACAGAGCCGCAUCGACGAGGGUCGCAGCCAGGUCCGGGGGCUCCAGGAGAAACUUAAGCAGCUGGAGCCCAGGGCUGCCUGACCUGCCACCACAGAGGCUGUUCUUCAACGUGGCUGUCUUCUCUCAGGCCUUCUUCCUUCACAGAAUCCGCCCCCCCCCCCCCCAUAUCCCAGCUAAUCCCCUUCCUUGAAAUUUCUCUGGUCAGCAUGUUUCCAAUUUUAUUAGAUGUGAAAGUUUGAAGAGGCAAACUAAGUCAUGUUCAAAGUCACUACUGUGAAAGCACUUCUAGGCUUGUGUUGUCCUGGGACAUAUUCACGUGGGGAAGGCACAAAGCAGUUAGGUUAGUUCGUAUUACGUUGAACUGUAACCACCUCACACAUAAAUCAGCUGUGGCUUUUCAUUACACAGUGAAAUACUGCCCAGCCAGUGGCAGGGAAGGAAAAGAAGUAGGUGCUUCAGUUUCACUAGAUCCUGAAACCUGAUUGUGAUGGAGGUAAAAAACGAUACACGGCUAGCAGAUGAGGACAGAGUGAUUCCUCCUCAAUAAAAAAAAACCACAAACACCUGAGUGGAUGGGCAGCCCUUAGCAGGUUUUAAGCCAGAAAGUUAAAAAAAAAAAAAAAUCUGACCUAAAUUUUCAAGGGAACUCUAGCAAGAGACCUUUCAGGUUUUUAAAAAUCUAUCUUUAUCUUUCCAGGAGUGAGUUUUUUCAUUUGUUGAAGGGCCAGUUGUAUUUCCUGUUCUGGGAAUUCUGUGUCCUUCAUCUUCCUACUGGCUUGUUGAUUUUUUUUUUUUU